AUGUUGAUUUGCUUUUUUUAUUUACUAGUUCUAACAUUUUCACAAAUUAUGAGUAAAAUGUUGUUUGCAAGAAAAUUCAAUGGAGAGAAUUUAGUAUCUGAUUCAAAUCGGAGCAACCCCGCAAACCCUUCUAUGCCUACUGAAAUUAUUAUUGAAAUCCUCUCGAGGGUUCCAGUGAAAUCUCUCUUGAAAUUUAGGUGUGUUUCUAAAUCUUGGCUUGCUUUGAUCUCUAGCCCCGAGUUUAUCAAGUCUCAUUUGAGUUUAUCAGCUAAUAAUAACAUACACCUUAGGAAUAUAGAGGAAUCAAACUUGGAUUAUCUCAUGAAAAAUCUUUAUAUAUCUUUUUUGUUUGAGGGUUCAGUGAAUGGAUUGAUAUGUCUUGUAAAUAGGGCAAAAAAUAUAUAUUUAUGGAACCCAACUAUAAGAAAGUACAAGAAAUUGCCUGAUCAUAAAAUUGAACCGAGGCCUCUUAGUCGUUUCAUAUAUGGUUUUGGAUAUGAUAAAAUCCAUGAUGAUUAUAAGGUGGUGUUAUAUAAUUUUGAUGAGGUCGCUAUGUAUAGUCUAAAGAAUGAUUCUUGGAGAAGAAUUGAUUAUCCUCGAAAUGAGGGGAGAUUAAUGAAUACAGGUAAGUUUCUGAAUGGAAAACUUUAUUGGGCUACUACUAAUGAUCUUGAUUUAAGGGUCUGGAGCAUAACCUCUUUUGACUUGACUGAUGAGAAAUGGAGAAAGGUGGAGCGACCAUGUGGAAAUGAUAUUCUCGUGCUGGGAGUGUUGGAAAGUAAUCUUUCUAUCAUGAUUCGUAGUAAUGCGACAACUAACAUAGAGGUGUGGGUAAUGAAGGAGUAUGAGAAUAAAGUAUCUUGGAUGAAGAUGUUUACUAUCAAUUAUACUCUAGAUCGUGUGGAAUAUUUUAUUGCUCAAUCCUUUUAUUUGACAAAAAGAGGUGAAUUUUUGGUUAUGUUUAGACCAUAUCACAUGAUAUACAAUUUAAAUGAUAAUUCAAUAGGAUGUGUAGAUCUUAGAACAUUUGAUUUUGGUCUUCUUACUGAUUUUUACAUUCAAAGCCUAGUUUGUCCUUUUUCACAAAAUUAA